CUAUAAUGAAUAUAUUCAUAGAUGUACGUUUAACUAACCAAUCCAAAAGGUAACUAACAAUAGAUCCACUUGUAUCAAUAUUCAGAAAGUCUUCUUCAUACUUUCCAACCUCACAUUCUUAACAACAUACACAAAUUCAAUCACCACCAUACACCACCCACCCCUUAACUCCGACCAUGGCGGGUGUCAUUGGCGGCAGACUCGCUGCAAUCAUCCACCAUCACCACCACCACAAUACACCCCUAUAUUCCUCACCCCUUUCUCAACCCACCAUCAAACUCCCCCUCACCAUCCAUUCUCGCCGUACUUCCACCAUGUCUGCCACCGCCACCACCCCCACCACCGCCCUCAACAACCUCACCGUUCAACCCACCGGUUCUUCCUCCGGUUGCUGGUCAGAAUUUGCUGGUAAUGUAUCUGGUGAGUGGGAUGGGUUUGGAGCUGAUUUUACUGCUGAUGGCAAGCCGAUCGAGCUUCCGGAAAACGUUGUGCCUAAUGCGUACCGAGAGUGGGAGGUUCAAGUGUUCGAUUGGCAGACGCAGUGCCCGACUCUAGCUCAACCCGAUAACAGUUCUGCCAUGUAUAAGCUGAUUAGAUUGCUUCCGACUGUUGGUUGUGAAGCUGAUGCAGCCACGCGGUAUAGUGUGGAGGAGCGGGUUAUAGGAGGUGAAGAUAACAUGGUUUCCUCAUUUGCAUAUCAAGCAAGUGGAUGUUACGCCGCGGUUUGGUCAAAGCAGAAGUCAGCGUCCUCGAAAGUAUUGGAAUUGGAGCAUUGUUUGAUUGAUCCUCGCGAUAAGGAAUCGCGUGUAAGGGUUAUUCAGGUUGUGGGCGUUGAAGGAAACAAGUUAGUGUUGAAGAAUAUUAAAGUGUUUGCUGAGCAAUGGUAUGGUCCGUUUAGAAACGGGGAAUCGCUAGGCGGAUGUGCAAUUCGUGAUACUGCUUUUGCUAAAACACAAGUUCUUAUCGGGUCAGAGGUUUCGGGUGUGUGGCAACGGUCAAACUCCAUAGCCAAAUUUCAAGACUCUUCUAAUAUUCUUCAAGAACUUGUGGCGGUUGAUGGUAUAGAAAAGUCUACAAGAGAUGCAAACAGUUUGGUAUUGCUGCCAAAGAACUUGUGGAGUUCAGUGGUAGAAAUAGAUGGUGAAAAAACUUGCUACGAAGUUGGAUGGCUGUUGGAACCAGGGUGCGCGAUCACAUCAAAGUGCGUAUUUUCAAGAAACGCCGAGUUAAAAGAGAUCAUAGCUUCUUCUGAAACUGCUGCUUGAAGACAAUCGAUAACAUAGAGACCUGGCACCGAAAUGGGUGUAUAAGCAGUAGGAACAACUGUUUCGGUUGUUUCCAAACAAAGCUGUUAGAUUUGGUUAUAUAAACUUUAAACAGUAAGUAUAUAAAAUAAUAUGAUGUUAUUUAAAAAGUGUUCUUGAUGUACUUUCUUUUGUUAACUUGUUUGAUCAACAUGAUCGAACGUAUAUAUAAACGAGUGCGCAUAAAGUUUUAACUGAUU